AACAGCACUUGUUUAUUAGCAGCAACAAACGAAGACGGGUCGAUCUAUCCAUGUUCUCAUUCUCCUUAAUCAGUCCACUGGAGGGAGAUCUUUCGUUCAAGGCAUCGUUGCUUUCGUUUGACAAUGAAUUCAAGUUGUUGGCUGAUCCAUCUUGGGAUGGGAAAGAUGCCAAUGCUGUCUUGUUUAUGGAACAACAUUUACUGGAAGUCAAUGCCGUGUUGUUAUCUCACUCCACUCCUGAUUUCAUAAGUGGAUAUGUAUUAUUAUGUUUGAAAUUCCCUAAUUUAAUGUCCACCAUGCCCGUUUAUUCAACAUUGCCUGUUAAUCAACUAGGUAGAAUAUCGACUGUGGAAUACUACAGAGCCAAUGGUGUUUUGGGUCCGUUGGAUUCUGCGAUUCUUGAAAUAGACGAGGUGGACAAUUGGUUCGAUAGGGUGACUUUGUUGAAGUACCAGCAAUCAACCAAUCUAAUGGAUAAUAAAGUGACCAUAACCCCAUACAAUGCCGGACAUACCCUAGGUGGUGCCUUCUGGCUCAUCGUGAAAAGAAUAGAUAAGGUGAUAUAUGCCCCAGCAUGGAACCACUCCAAGGACUCGUUCUUGAACAGUGCAUCAUUCAUAUCGACAUCCACAGGAAACCCAUUACUCCUGUUGCUCCGACCAACGGCAUUCAUCACAGCUCCCGAUUUAGGAUCCACCAUGCCCCAUAAACGAAGAACAGAGAAGUUUUUGCAACUAGUUGAUGCCACUUUGGCCAACGGGGGAGCUGCGUUAUUGCCUACGUCUCUAUCAGGUAGAUUUUUAGAGUUAUUUCAUUUAAUUGAUGAACAUUUGCAAGGUGCACCUAUACCCGUAUAUUUCCUUUCUUAUUCCGGUACCCGGAUAUUAAGCUAUGCUUCGAAUUUGCUUGAUUGGAUGUCGGGGAGCUUUAUCAAGUCUUGGGAUGAAACUAGUGGGGAUGGUGGUAGAGGCGGUGGCAAGGCAUUGCUGUCGAUGCCGUUUGAUCCUUCCAAGGUAGACUUGUUGUUGGACCCCAGUGAAUUGAUUCAGUUGAGUGGGCCCAAGAUUGUGUUUUGUUCCGGAAUUGAUAUAAAGAGCGGGGAUAUUUCAUCAGAGACGUUUCAGUAUUUAUGUAACAACGAGAAAACUACAGUUAUAUUGACGGAGAAAUCCCAGUUGGAAAAUGGCGGAUUGAAUUCUAUGCUUUAUAAAGAAUGGUAUGAAUUGACCAAGAAGAAGUUGGGUGGUAAGAUUGAAGAUGGUACUGCUGUACCGUUAGACAAGACAGUUUCAAUUGAAGAUUGGACCAGAGAAACUAAUUUGGAAGGUAGGGAAUUGAGUGACUUCCAAGAAAGAAUAACCCAACAGCGGAAGGAGAAAUUGCUUGCUAAAGUGAGAGAUAAGAAGAAUCAAAAUAUAUUGAAUGCUGAAAAUGUCGAUGAUGAAGAUUCUUCUGAAGAUGAAGACGAAGAAGAACAAGUACCGGAAGAAGAAACCAAAGGCGAAGCUGCCAAAUCUGUCACAACAACAGACGCAAUAGUAACAACAGCUACAAGUGUCGUUGAUGAGUUAGCUGCCCAUGAAGCAUUUGUUAUGGAUCAUAUAAAGCAAAGUUUGAAGGAUAAUAUACCAAUUGAUCUUAAAAUCACACAUAGAUUAAGACCAAGACUGGCUAUGUUUCCAUACUUUAUGACUACUCGUAAACAGAAAUUCGACGAUUAUGGCCAAGUAAUCGAUGUCGCUGAUUUUGAAAAAACAGACGAAACUUCCAAUGCCAAGAUCAUCAUGGAAGGUAAGAAGAAGUUUGAUGAAAAGAGAAGGUGGAAUGAAGAAAAGAGUAAUGAUGAUAAUAAACAGAAAAAGAAUCAAAAUAAACAACAGGCAAACAAGUUGACACCACAAGAACAGUUGAACCAGCAAUUAAUUCAAAAGAACUUGGAUACUUUGUAUAAUCCGAGAAAGAGAGUCCCACUCAAUGCUGCUUCUUCGUUUGCUUCGCAAUCUCAAAUGUUGAAGAUCAGAUGUGGGUUAUCGUUUGUUGAUUUGUCCGGGUUGGUUGAUUUAAGAUCUCUUGGUAUUAUUGUCCAAGCACUUAAACCAUAUAAUUUGCUUUUGCUUCCUGAUUUCAAUAGCAUUCCCGAAUUGGAAGUCAAUGGGUUGAAACAAGUACAGGAGAUGUUUGAUCAUCAGCAAAAUGAGCAAUUGCAAGAAGAAAGCAAGAAAAAGAUCUUGACUUCUUCGAGAUACUUGUCGCUCUCUUCGAUUAGAAGUGGGCUUUCUAGUGCCAUAUCCACUUAUGGUGGUAAUAAAAUGAACGUUUUGGUGGUUGAAAGUGACAAGCCGGUGAAGAUCGGUACCGAAUCCGAGUCUGGAGGAAUUGGAUUGAAUAAUUUUGAAAUCAAUUUGGACGAUUCCAUUAUCAAGGAUUUGAGAUGGCAAAAGAUUGGCAGCAACUAUCGUGUUGCUAAAGUCCAUGGGGAAUUGGAAUUACAAAAUCCGAUUGCGAAAGAAAAGACAGAGCGGACCCUUAGUGAUUAUAUAAAUCCCACCACCUACUUCACAUUGAAGAAACUGGAUGAUGAAAGUCUCCGAAAACGUCGCAAGGUUGUCAACCAAAGAUUGCAAGAUCCGAAAUUAAAACCAUUGAUUUCCAACGGUCCUAAGUUGGCGAUUGGGAAUAUCAGAUUGCCGGAUUUAAGAAAGAACUUGCAGGAAAAGAAUAUGAAUGCUGAGUUCAAGCAAGAGGGUACGUUGGUGGUUAAUGAUGUAUUGACCAUAAGAAAAGUUGCAUAUGGGACUAGUGAAAGUGAUGAUUCCGGAGAUAUUGUUAUAGAAGGUAAUUAUAGUAGACUACACCAGUACACCAAGAUGAGACCAUAUUCUAAAUCAGGAGGAACUGCUAAGUGUUUCUACGAAUUCCAAACCUUCGUUGCCUGCUACACAUCUGCUGAAACCGUCAACAGGAAAGAAUGCACCCCAGCGUUUGAAGAUUAUGCUGAAUGUUUGCAUGGUACCAAGGAAAGAGAAAGAGCCAGAUUGAUGAUGCAACAGUUGAAAGAAAAUGAACAAAACAAGAGUGGUGUCACUGCUUCUGAUUUGUACAAGUCAUCCGGUAGAGUCUACGAAAACUUGGAUUUGAUCAAGCAAUAAGUCACACCACUAACUACCACAAACAAAGUGUUGAUUCCAGCAAACAUAAUCUAACGACAAGGUGUUGAUGCUUUAGAAGUUACCAUUUUCCAUAUUUAUUUCAUUUGGUGUGUGUCCUUUUUUGCAAGGUUCGCUCCAACAAAGUCCAGCUGAUUUUACGUCACCACAUCAAGUUCAAUUAGUGCAUUCAACCUUUACUACCUCCAUCCCCUGUAAAUUAUAUACGUUUUUAUUCAUGAGAUAAGGAAUAUACAUACAUUAGUUAAAGCGCCUGUUGGAUUUCCAUCUUGUAGAUGUAGCAAUUCCAUGUAGCACUGGCAAUCGUGUUGAUGUUGUUGUCAGUAAAUGUGGAUGUUUACAGUGCUGCCAAAAUUUUGUUAAUAAAUGCGCAUCUCUUUUUCUUGCAACAACAUCCAACUAUCACCAGGAGUAUUCACCAUGGACGCGGCUGAGGCUAUACCGCCUAAUCAAAUAACAAGCAAGGGGAUCCUUCAGGAAGCGUACAAGCAGAAGGAAUCCAAAUUCACCCGGCCACAGCAAACAAUUCAAGAUCUUGAUGAACUACAAUCGUUCCAACAAGCAAAACGUAAAGAAUACGAACAACAACUAAACAAGAACCGAUUAAACUACGGCGAAUGGCUCAGGUAUGCUCGCUGGGAAGUGCAGCACAAUCACGAUUUCCCUCGUGCUCGGUCUAUAAUGGAACGAGCAUUGGAUGUCAAUAAUCAACAUGUGCCGUUCUGGGUGCUGUAUAUUCAAUUGGAAUUGUCCCACAAGAAUAUCAAUCACGCCCGGAAUUUACUUGACCGUGCCGUGAAAAUACUACCUCGAGUUAAUAAAUUGUGGUUUCUU